GGAAGUGUUUUUGCUCAUUUAAUGACAACAUGAAAGAGGAAUUCGUAAAAUAUUGUUAAAUAUGUCGGUUGUUUUUUUGUAGUUACGGUGACGUGUAGUGCUUCUAACGGUUUGUGUCGUGGCAGACGCAGCGUUUAUCGUCAUGUUUCAAGCUACAGCUAAAGGUUUUUUUGUUGCAUCAGGCAGGUUUGCAUGUCGAGGAUUAUUGUUAAGUAUUCGACACUAUUGUAAAAAGAAACCAGCUUCAGUGUCUGAAGCUCUUACAGGCGCUCGUCUGGGAGAAAACAUCACUGUACAGGGAUGGGUUCGUGCUGUCAGAGCUCAGAAGGCAAAUCUCUUUCUCCAUGUGAAUGAUGGCAGCUGCUUACAGUCCCUGCAGAUCGUCGCUUCUUCAGAGCUGCAAGAUUCGCUUCUUACAUUUGGUAGUGCUGUUGAAGUAAAUGGUACCCUGAAAGAAAGUCCGCACCAAAAACAACCAUUUGAACUACAAGCAGACCAAAUCCAUGUAAUUGGCGAGUGUAACACUUUGGAAUUUCCCUUUAAAAUCAAAGAGAGGCACAGUCUUGAGUAUAUUCGCCAGUUUCCUCACCUGAGGUCCAGAACAAACGCCUUUAGUUCUCUGCUGCGGAUAAGAAGUGAAGCCACAGCAGCCAUACACUCAUAUUUCAAGGAAAAUGGCUUUGUGCACAUUCACACGCCAGUGAUCACCUCAAAUGACUGUGAGGGGGCAGGAGAGCUCUUUCAGGUUGAGUCAUCGGGCCAUCUGCAGGAAGAGGAUGACAACUUUUUCUCUGUUCCAGUCUUCCUCACUGUGUCUGGUCAGCUUCAUCUGGAAGUGAUGUCGGGGGCUUUUUCUAGAGUCUACGCGUUUGGGCCGACUUUCCGAGCAGAAAAAUCCCAAAGUAGGCGACACUUGGCUGAGUUUUACAUGGUGGAAGCUGAAAUCUCCUUCACACAGUCCUUAGAGGAUCUCACACAGGUCAUGGAGGACAUGUUCAGGUCUACUACAGAGCAGGUGUUUGCUCGCUGUACAGAGGAUGUGGAUUUAUUUCAUAAACAUGUGGCUCGUGGUCACAGGGACACUGUUGAUGCUAUGCUGAAGAAGAAAUUUCCUGUGAUUAGUUACAGUGAGGCAAUAGACAUCUUGAACCGCAGCUCUCAGAAAUUUGUCUUCCCUACAGAUUGGGGUUGUGACCUACAGACAGAACAUGAGAAGUACCUUGUGAAACAUUGUGGUGAUGUUCCAGUUUUUGUCACUGAUUAUCCAUAUGAACUGAAACCUUUUUAUGCAAGAGACAACCAGGACCAUCCAAAGCACACGGCAGCUGCAGUGGACCUCCUCGUGCCAGGAGUUGGAGAGCUGUGUGGAGGCUCCCUGAGAGAAGAGAGGCUCGACCUGAUCAAAAGUCGGCUAGAAGAGGUUGGAUUAGAAGACUCGUACAAAUGGUAUCUGGACCUGAGGCGCUUCGGCUCUGUCCCUCAUGGAGGUUUUGGAAUGGGCUUUGAGCGAUACCUGCAGUGCAUUCUGGGUGUUGACAAUAUAAAAGAUGUGAUUCCUUUUCCAAGAUUUCCUUAUUCAUGUCUUCUGUAAAACACAUCAAGUUCAAGUUCAGUGGGUCUGUAAAUGUGUGGUGUCUGUUUUGAACAUGGCAUCAUCAAAAUAAAGAUGUUUUGUAAAGAU